AUCGUUUAUUCGCAUCUCCCUUCGCUUUCCCUCGUAGUUUCUCUCGCAAAGUCAGUAUCACUUUUUCCUAUUUUCUCAUUUGCCGGUUGCUGUUGUUAUCGCUCCUUCCUAAACAACAUCGUACCUUCCGAAUCUGGACCAGCACCUGCCAUACCCGCCAGAACUGCCAUAAAACCCCAUGAUGCGAGAAACAAUCCUUUUUUUUUUUAUCAUCUCCUGUCAUCUCCUGUCAUCUUCAAGACAGUCGACAGUCAAGCUGCUUCGUUUUAUCUCUGCAUCGAUACACUCAUCGAUAAACUGCUUUUAUGUUAAUCGAUAAUCAAUAUCACUGCCACUACCCACCGAGCAUCGAGUAUCGUUCGAACAAUGAUUCCCCUUCUGCAUGCCCUGGCCUGGGCCCUCUUGGCCGUCCUCGUCCACGGUGACAGCGAGUACAGCAAACUCUUCAUCAAAGGCCCGGCGUUCUCGCUCUACCCUGACCCAACCUUUACCGUGGUUAGCCCCGAACUGGGCCGGUCUGGAGCGUGGAUGAGCAGCAACUACACCGCAGACGGAUCCGGCCGCUUCCCGGGUCUCGAAUGGAGAAGUCCCUCGCCCUACGUGAAAGAGUACCUGCUCGUCAGCGAGGACCCUGAUGCUCCGCUCUCGCAUCCCAUCGUCCACGGUCUGUACUAUGGGAUUCCGCGCGUGUUUACCGGAUUGGGGGAUGAGGAUUUCCAGUACGGGACGAAGCCGUAUACGGUGUCUGGGGGUUUCAAGUAUGGUGUGUGUCGCGGGGGAGGGGUUUAUCUGCCGCCGAAACCUAUGCCUGCCCAUGGACCGCAUCGAUAUUUCUUCGAGAUCAUUGCGUUGAACGAGCGGAUCGAUACGGGGAAGUUGGAAGCACCUGUGACGCUGGAUGAGAUCUCGCAUGCGAUUGAGGGCAAGGUGAUUGGAUGGGGGACGUGGAUUGGGUUGGUGGAGCGAUAGUGAUUGUGUUGAGGAUUGAUAUGGGUCUCAUUGUUAAUUGUUUGGUUCUUUGUUUUGCUGUCUUUGUUGUAUUGUUAUGAUACCUGGUCGAGAUCUUAGGAUCCAUGGGAUGCAUUCCACGUGGGGUGACUUCAUGACUACUGUCUCGGC